AUCCGUAAAGUGUGUCCUCUCUGAAGUGAAAUGGUGGGUUGUUAGAGACCUUUAUUUUGAAAAUUGUGUUAUUGGCACAGGCUUCCAAGUAAGAUAUAUUUGGAAGCUAGGAUAAGGCUAGCUCGCUGACUUUCACAGAUGCUACUGUUGCAAACUGAUCUUUUUUAUAAUAACAAACGUCAACAUGAGUGUUCCACCAGCAAAAAGAGUCUAUGCAGAUUUGCCCGUGUGGAUUGUAGAAGAUCACCACGAGGUUGUAUCACAUAUUUACCGCGCCAUAGGAUCAAAGCACAUCCCUAUGAAGAACAUCAAGAUGGUCCACCUGGAUUCUCACCCAGACCUACUCAUCCCAAUAAACAUGCCAGCAGAUACGGUGUUUGACAAGGAGGCUUUGCUCAGUGAGCUGAGCAUAGAGAACUGGAUCAUGCCCAUGGUGUAUGCAGGCCACGUGUCCAGUGUAGCCUGGCUCCAUCCCUACUGGGCCCAGCAGAUCAGGGAAGGAGAACACACAAUGUCUGUGGGCCGGGACUCAUCCACCACCACUAUCAGAGUGACAAGUAAGGAUGAUUACUUCCUGAGUGAUGGCCUGUAUGUUCCCCAGGACCAGCUGGAGAACCCCAAGCCCUUGAGGCUGAGCGUGGUGCGGGUCAACCCCCUGGAGCCAGCCCAGGCCGGGGAGAAGGCUCCAUACGGCUCCCAGGGCAGGGAGGCCCAGGGCAAGGAGGCCCAGGGCAGGGAGGCCCAGGGCAAGGAGGCCCAGGGCAGGGAGGCCCAGGGCAGCGAGACCCAGGGCAGGGAGAGGACCACAGGAAAGUCUGCUGCCAAGAAACCCAAGCUAAAGGACCAGGGAGCUGGGGAUGUAUCUGAGAAUCACCCCUCCUCCAGCGUCUCCCAGUUAGGGGGCAGCUGUCACAGCUGCACUGACAGGCUGGAGACAGCAGGGGGCAGUGGAGCCCCAGGGAGCUGCAGGAACCGAAGCAGGCACACAGAGGGAACAGAGUUGACUAAGCAGCCUUGUGGGAGGACUGAUGAUGAUGAUGAUGAGGGCUCAACAGGCUGUGUGGUAAAGAGACUUCAGUCUUUUGUCAGUGAAUCCGAUCCAUACAUCCUGGAUAUUGACCUGGAUUUUUUCUCAUGUAAGAACCCUUUUAAGGAAAUGUAUACACAGGAGGAGUACUCUAUUCUUCAGGAACUCUACAGCUUUACAAGACCAAGCGAUGACACGGAUGAGGAGGCUCUGAGCGAGUGUGUGGAGCACCGUGUUAGACAGCUGGAGGAUCUGGAGGAGGCGUUUGCAGACCUGCUGGAGGAUGACGGGGAGGAGACGCUUCGACGCUGGGCAGCCAACCCCGGAAUGGGCUCUCUGGUUCAGCUGGUCAACAGUCUGAAGAACAGAGAGCAAUCCCCCGACUACGAGAUGGUGCACCAGGCAGGGCAGACGUGCGACUACUCCGAGCUGCCUCACCACAUCAGCUCUGAGGAGGAGAUCCACAGGCUGGUGCUGGCCGUGGAGCUCGCUCUCCAGGCCCUGCCCAAGCCAACGCUCGUCACCAUCUCCAGGUCCAGUCUGGAUGAGUAUUGUCCACCAGAGCAGGUCAACUCAAUCCAGAGCAGAAUCCUCGACAUCCUGGAGGGUCUCUAUGGACACCUCCAGGUCCACAAGGACUAUGAGAUUCAGGAGGACCUGAAGGAGACCCCUGCCCCACCCUCCAGCAGCUACACCCCUACCUCAACCCCGGGCACAGAGGAGCAACUGCCACAGGCCUCUUGACACACCACAGACUGGAACCGUGGUUAUGACCCAAUUGUCUAUUUAUAGGAAAUAAAACUCGCUAGUGUAAACAGAUACCCUCAUAGUCUGUGUCCUUCAGUGCUUUGAUUCCCAUGAAUCCACCAGAAUGUAGCCAAGGUUGCCCUUGAGCAAUUUGCUUCUGUCUUUUGAUUUCAAACUUCAAAUAGUUGCAUAGUUAUAUAUAUAAGAAAAAAUAUAACUACCCAUUAUACAAAUACACCCACAGAAAGCAAUACCAUGCAGCAAUAAUAGGUGUUGUGUCUAAAGUUGCUAAGUACCAGAGCCUGUUAUAUAAGUAAACAGUAUUGUGUUUGAAGUUGUUGACUACUGUCCUCUCAUACAGUGACUUUGAUGUCUUAAUCCUAGCUCAGUGUUGUGAAGAGGAAGGUCCUGCCCAGGACUGGCUACAUGAAUAGCAGGUUUACAACAGGUCCAUGGAACAUGUUCUCAUGAGGCAGAUCUUGGCUGCCUACUGAAGAUGUCAUAUUUGGGAAUAUUUGCUACAUUGUCAGUUACAUCAGAAAAUGUAAUCCACAAUUUAAAGUGAGUGAAGAGUUUUAGUAAGGAGAUCAUUUGAACUGAGGGCCAAGUUAGACUAUAAGUGGAGAAUCUCCUGAACCAGGCUUAUCUUCAGCUGUGUACCUCACAUCCUGUUCCAACCCUCCCUCUCCUCUGACCACCUUGAAUACAAACACGACAACAAACACCUACCUUCUCUCCUUCAGUAAGCCAACACGUCAUCUGUGCGUCACAGGGCAGCAUUAUAAUUCUGCACUGCUACUACCUAGGCAAAGUAAUAAGUGUUAUUUUACAGGUGGGGUUCAGACUUGAGAGAUCUCAUCCAGCACUGGGAUGGUUCACGCAGUGCGUGUUUCAGGCUGUGCAGCCUGUGGUCAUUAUGCAGUACAUGCAUGUUACCAUGGUACUGGAGAGGAAUUCACCAUUCAAGUUCUAAGAGAAUAAGGCCCUUGUUAUCGGGGUGGCUGGUGGGGGUCCCAGGGCUAGCCCUCUUCACAGUUGGGGCCAUUAUUGAUGAUAGACCUUCAGCAGAAACACCUCCAGCUGGAUGUUUUCACAGUGUCUGAUUUUGGGGUUUAAUUUGCCUCAGAAAUGAUCUCUGUUCCAUUUAAAUUUGUAUUUUUAGUUAUUCAAAUGUCCCUGUUCUGUCAUGUACUCAGUUCUUAUUCAACUGUAGAUAAUGUGAGUUUUGUAUAAUCGUCUUAAUCAGAUCUAUAAAUCCAAAAUCUAUAUCAAUAAGCUCAUUUUCUUUCUCUGGUUCUUAAGCCCAUUACAUCAACACAUCUGAAUCCCCCCUCCCCUGGCUUCAUCCAAGCAAGAAAAGACCAUAACACUGAAGGGAGCUACUUAGAUAAUUAGUUUCUGCUGAAGUGUCUCUUACUCUCAGUAUGAGGCUAUAACAGUUACCGAAUAAACACUGGCAACAUCCAUAGCAACAGGUCUGGAGAUCAAUGUCUCUGUGUAUAGAAUGUUAUACAAAGCAGGUUUUGACCCUGGUCUGAACAGUUCCUUACCCUUUACCACCAACGCAUUUUGGAUGCAGGUUCGGAGCCAGUGCUUAAUAUCGAACCAGUUCUUUGCGUUAUGCAAAGAGCACACCAAAUGCGUGCAUUGACUUUACAUGAAGGUUAAUCUCGCCAAAGGAAAAUUCGGUUCUCUGUGAACA